CUUUAGAAUCUGUUGAUUGUUUAUCGAGGAAAAAAAAACAGUGAGGCUUUAGUUUUGAGAAAUGGGUAAUUGCUUAGAUUCAUCAGCUAAAGUGGAUAGUAGCAGCCAUAGUCCUCAUGCUAAUUCUGCUUCAUUGAGCUCAAGAGUUUCAAGCAAGACAAGUCGUUCCACAGUUCCUUCAAGUUUAAGCAUAAAUUCUUACAGCAGUGUUGAGUCUUUACCUACACCGAGAACAGAAGGAGAGAUAUUGUCAUCACCAAAUCUUAAAGCUUUCACCUUUAACGAGCUCAAGAACGCUACUAGGAACUUUCGACCCGAUAGUCUUUUAGGCGAAGGAGGUUUUGGUUAUGUGUUUAAAGGAUGGAUUGAUGGAACUACUUUAACUGCUUCUAAACCGGGUUCUGGAAUUGUUGUUGCUGUUAAGAAGCUUAAAACUGAAGGUUUUCAAGGUCAUAAGGAGUGGUUGACUGAAGUGAACUAUCUUGGUCAGCUUAGUCAUCCAAAUCUUGUCAAACUAGUUGGGUAUUGUGUAGAGGGCGAAAACCGGUUACUGGUAUACGAGUUCAUGCCAAAAGGAAGCUUGGAGAAUCAUCUUUUUAGACGUGGUGCACAGCCACUUACGUGGGCUAUAAGGAUGAAAGUUGCAAUAGGAGCAGCCAAGGGACUUACUUUUCUCCAUGAUGCAAAAUCGCAAGUGAUAUACAGAGACUUUAAAGCUGCUAACAUCCUACUCGACGCGGAAUUCAACAGUAAACUUUCAGACUUCGGUCUAGCUAAAGCAGGUCCUACCGGUGACAAGACGCAUGUGUCCACACAAGUCAUGGGUACUCACGGAUAUGCUGCCCCAGAAUAUGUAGCAACAGGUCGAUUAACAGCUAAGAGCGAUGUAUACAGUUUCGGUGUGGUACUGCUGGAAUUACUCUCUGGACGUAGAGCGGUGGACAAAUCAAAAGUGGGAAUGGAACAGAGUCUUGUGGACUGGGCAACACCGUAUCUCGGUGACAAGCGAAAGCUCUUUAGAAUAAUGGACACGAGAUUAGGCGGUCAGUAUCCUCAAAAAGGAGCAUACACAGCAGCUAGUCUUGCAUUGCAAUGCUUAAACCCCGACGCAAAACUCAGACCAAAAAUGUCAGAAGUUUUGGCCAAAUUAGAUCAGCUUGAAUCAACGAAACCUGGAACUGGAAUUGGAAACAGACAAGCUCAGAUUGAUUCUCCAAGAGGUAGUAAUGGAUCUGUUGUACAGAAAUCUCCGAGGAGGUAUAGUUAUGAUCGGCCUCUCUUACACAUAACUCCUGGUGCUUCUCCUUUGCCUUCUCACAAUCACUCUCCUCGUGUAAGAUAGGAAUCACUGUAAUAGUUUUCUUUUGUUUUUGUCUGUUGUAUGCUGCUCUGUGUGUAAAAUGUGUUGUGUAACGGACCAAAGUUUCAUUCUUGGCUCAGUUUAUAAAAUUUGGUUUCAAUA